GAGGGCGGGUCUUGUCUGAGUAGAGGUGUGGGGAAAACGCUACAACGAAAGGCUGAACAUCAGAUAUAAACAUAAAGAAUUUAUAAUUUAUUCUCCUUAUAAGUGCACCUGAGUCGCAGCCCUGCAUUCCAAAAAGGAAGACGAUUAUUUCACCAUGAACUCCGACAUGGAUGGUGACAUGGAAAAUCAGGUUGAGCUGGAGGAGAAGACAAGGCUCAUAAACCAGGUCCUCGAGCUGCAGAACACUCUUGAGGACCUCUCUGCACGGGUGGACGCCGUGAAAGAGGAGAACCUGAAGCUUAAGUCAGAAAACCAGGUUCUGGGUCAGUACAUAGAGAACCUCAUGUCUGCAUCCAGCGUGUUUCAAACCACUGACUCCAAAAGCAAACGGAAGUAAGGGAGAACCCCCCCUCUUCCCCUACUAUGUAGUCAGCAUCGCAGCACAGUUUACUUUAUUUGCCCUUUUUAGUUUUGUCCACAUGCAGCUAAAAUGGCUAAUGUUUACAUUUGCUUUGUGUGUAUUUCUUUCACAUGAAUCCCAAUUUUACUUUGUUUAUUUUAAUGCUGCUUAACAUAGUAUAUUAUGUGCUGCAAAUGUCUCUUGACGUAAUUUAAGAAGCUGUUCUAUUCAGUGACCACAGGGCAGCUUUCGAGGACCAUAUAUUUUUUUUUAUUAAUUUUUUAAUAUAUGUUUUAUCAGUUUUUUGCCUUAUGUUAGGGCAUAGUAUUAAGAGAAACAACUAGAAAUAAUUUCAGAUGAACUCCAUGAACCUGUGUUUUAUUUUGUGUUAGUGUUUUUGUAAUUUAUUUUGAGCUAUUUUACUUUUGUAAAAUGGGAACACAACUGUGAUGUGGCCUUUAAAACUGUCUGUUGCUGUACUGCCUGUCUGUCAACAUAUAUUUACAAGCAACCUGAUCAAUUAGGUAACAGUGAUUCAGGUCACUCUGUUCAGGGAAUGAAAUUUGUGACUGGUGCUUUUCACAGCAGACCUUUCGAGGUCUACAUCACAAUUGUGUGCGCUCCUUCAACCGCUGAGCAGUAUUUAACAUUUGUUUAGCAUUUUAGUAUUGUUUAGUAUCUUUUAGUGCCUGUUUUAAUAAAUGUUUUUAAUUUGCCUUUGAA